AUGUUUUCUAAAAUAACAAUCUUGUUUUUGAUAGUGAUGCACGUUCUUGCCGCGCCCCGUCAUAGGGAUGUUCCUUUAGAGAGACAGCAGCCAACAGUGAUACCGAUCGUGUCACAGUCAGAAGAGUACGACCCUAGUGGAGCUUAUAGAUUUAGUUACGAGACAGGCAACGGUAUCAAACGGGAAGAAGCAGCAUUUGACAAAGUAUUGCCGAAGAGUUCAGCGCGAGUUGCCAGUAGUAGUGACGAAAGUGGUGAGAGCAGUGAGAGUGACGAAAGUGAUGAAAUUCACGUUCAAAAGGGAUCCUACUCCUACACAGCACCAGAUGGCACACUAAUUACUGUCAAGUAUAUAGCUGAUGAAAAUGGUUUUCGCCCGACAAUAAUUCAAAGCUCAAAGAAUUCCGGAGAGACACAAUUUACAUCAAGCGUAAGUGAGAAGACUGGAAGAGUAUUAAAGCCUACGGAUAAUGAAGAAGUUGGCUCAGCACCUCCAGCAGCUAUAUCCCAACCAUCCGCAUUAGCUCCCGUACCAGUCAUUAAUUCAAGAAUUGCAGGCCCUUCCGCUGAAGAGGCAGAACCAAUUGAAACUGAGCAAUCCAAGCUUCAAACUUCAUCUGAAGAGUCUAUAGAGUCUGUGCCAUCUGCUCCUGCUUCACAAUCACCUGUUACCGAGAAAAUAUUAGAGCAAAGCGCUGUUUCUCCGGCUACUUCAGAAUCAAAAGAAACAGUACCAGAAUUGUCUUCAAGUUCUACUGAAACUUUACCAUCAUUUCAGUCUUCUACAAGUCCCAUUACAACUACAGAAGAAACUGACACUCAAACUUCAGAGCAAUCUGUUUCUGAACCCAUAUCACCAGUGACGUCCUCUGAGUCGACUUCAAUUCCUAAGCUGGAGUCUUCUACUGUAUCUGAAACCACGACUACCUCUAUAAGUUCCUCUCAAACUCAGGAAAUUACAACAGCCCAAGUUAUUACUACCUCUUCGGAAGUUACGUCUGAGGCUGUGACUUCCACUGAUAUAUCAUUAAUAAGUACUCCUUCAGAAAGUUCGUCUUCAGAACUACCUUCGACUGUAGCAGCAGUUACUGAAAAUACUUCAACAGUGACGUCAGUGCCAGCUUCUAACACUGCAAGUGAAACAACGAUUACAAAUACCCCAGUAACAACAGAUUCAGGAUCCAGUGAAACGCCUACUGCAAUCACCGAGGCUUUAACUGAUUUAAGUUCAACCACCUCAGAGCCCAUCUCCACCGAAGCCGUCUCGACAACUGUUGUACAAGAUAUACCGUCCUCAACAAUAGCAGUCACUACCACGGAAAUUGUCUCAGAAAGCACGUCCGAAACGAGUACCACUCAAGUUACAGUAAGUGAUUUAAUUAAUGAAUCGGCUUCAACUGUUACUGGUCAAGAAACUUCAGAAGCAACUUCAACGAUUGUUCCAACCAAAGAUACAACAGCGCUAACAUCGACUAGCUUACCUGAUGAUGCUGUGGUAACUAGUCAAGAGGUUACAUCAACAGAAACCAUUUCUACUACCACAACGUAA